ACAAAAAGGGUUUCAUAACUUGGAAUACCCAAACUUUCUUAUUAUGAUAAGUGUGUUAAGAGGUCAACAACUCUCAUCCGGAUGUAGUGACAGUAAAAUGACGAAGAAAUGCUUCAUGAAAAACCGAAAAUUCAAUUACAUCUAAGAAAAUGUGUUAACACUUUCUAUAAACGAUCUAAUCAUCCAUAAAAACGAAAUAAAAUUUAAAAAAAUUAACCAAAUAACGUUAAGAAUAUAAAAAAAAGUACCCGCACUCAGAAUUAAAGAAGAGAGAGUUGAAAAUGUUUAGUUGCUUUCGGUUUAGUUCGAUUCGAAUCUUCGCCAAGUGAUCAUCGUUUUUAUUUUUAAUUUUUAACUUUAAAAAUGUUUUUAAUUUUCGUUUUAAUUUCCACAAUCCUCCCUCAAAUAUGUAUAACAUCGAACGACACAAAUGAAAUUGUUAACCAAGACGGUAUUUGGGGUCCGAUUUUAGAAGAUUUAGCAACAAAACCGAUUAGUUAUAGGGAAAAAAGGGUUAUGAGGAUAAUCCCGGUUGGAAACGCUUUCGUACCAUCAACACUAACCGAUAGAAUCUCGGAUGGUUCUCCUUCAAUUACCAUUCAAGAUGACAAAGAAAGUAAAAUUUCACCCGGGAAAGUUUUAAGUGGAAGUAAUCAUCCGACUAAAUUAAAACCUACUUCAAAUUCUGGACGACAAGUUUCCGAAACCGAUCUCUAUUUACUCGGUGCCAUCGAAAAACUUGUUUUUAGAAUGGAUUUUAUGGAGAAACGAUUAAGAAAACUUGAACAAAUGUUGUAUUAUGUGAUGGCGGGGAGCAGAAUUGAUAAAGAACCAUGUUUAGAAAAUUAUACAAGAGUUGGUAGUAGUUGUUAUCUAUUUCAUGCAAACGCUGGGAGGGAAAUGGAUUGGAAAGCAGCUAGUUCUUAUUGCAAAAAACAUGGAAGUACAUUAGCUGAAAUGGAAACUAUUGAGGAGAAUCAAGAUAUUGUUGGAUUUAUUCAAUCUACGCCCAAUCUAAGAGGUAAAGAUUUUUGGACUGGAGGUUUAAAUCCGGGUUUAUUAUGGAUAUGGAGUAACAGUGCUCGACCAGUUUCAACAGCAACCUCUGGCAAUAAGAAGAAUCCUUCAGCACAAGAAAUAAUUGGAGAUGGAAGGUGUUUGCGUCUCGCUUAUGACACGGCAUUGAGAUCUUAUAAUUAUAAAGGAUCAGAUUGUUCUGUUCGAUAUGGAUUUAUUUGUGAGGUGAUAGAUAAUACCGGAAGUAACGAAAUAAGUAGGAUCGGAAGGAGCAAAAACAUCCUUUUAGAUGAACUGUAAAGAUUUAUUCUUAAAGAUAAUCAUCAAUUUGUAAUUUAACAAUUUAAUUAAAUAAAGAUAACUUUAAUGAUUAA